UACAUAUUUUUCUUUAGCUUUCAGUGCUUCACCCUUGUGAAAAAGAAAGCUAACGAGCACGUCAUCUUCCUUUCUCUCUUCCGCGCCGGCGAUAGUCCCUUCUUCUUCCCUUGCCGCUGUGGACUCCCUUUAGUCUGCUUCUUGUCAGGGACUAUGAGUCAUCAGGAGAGUCAGAAGUUGGAUAAUGUGAACCCUUUGGAGACGAGAGUUGAGGAUGUCAUUGAGAGAGGCGAUAAUGAUUUCUUGGACGAUAAUCAUGAUCAAGACGAGCAUAGUGAAAGCUCCCAAUCCCAUCAAGCAGUUGAUGAGAGUGACUCAUCUGAAGAUGAGGUGGCUCCUCGAAAUACAAUUGGUGAUGUUCCAUUGGAGUGGUACAAGGAUGAAAAACAUAUUGGGUAUGACAUUGCCGGUAGAAAGAUAACAAAGAAAGAAAGACAAGAUAAACUUGAUUCCUUUCUCGCAAGUGCUGAUGAUUCAAAGAAUUGGCGCAAGAUUUAUGAUGAAUAUAAUGAUGAGGAAGUUGAGCUGACUAAAGAAGAGAUCAAACAUAUUCAUAGAUUGCUCAAAGGGAAGGCACCACAUGCUGAAUUUGAUCCAUAUGCGCCUUAUGUUGAUUGGUUUAAGUGGGAUGAUGCGAAACAUCCUUUAUCUAAUGCUCCAGAACCAAAGAGGCGGUUUAUUCCUUCAAAAUGGGAGAGCAAAAAGGUUGUUGAGUAUGUUAGGGCAAUUCGUAAAGGAUUAAUAAAGUUUGACCAGCCCAAAGAAGAACCUCGUUUUUAUCGCCUCUGGGGAGAUGAUUCAAGCUCAGCUGAUAGGACUAAGCAUUUGGCUUACAUUCCCCCUCCUAAACCUAAAUUGCCAGGCCAUGAGGAAUCAUAUAAUCCUUCUUUAGAAUACAUACCAACACAAGAAGAGAUCAACUCUUAUCAGCUGAUGUACGAAGAAGAUCGCCCUAAAUUUAUUCCUAAAAAGUUCACAUCCUUUAGAAGCAUCCCGGCAUAUGAGAAUGCUAUCAAGGACUCAUUUGAACGAUGCUUGGAUCUAUACUUGUGCCCUAGAGUACGGAAGAAACGUAUUAAUAUUGACCCUGAAUCCCUCAAGCCCAAGUUACCUAGUCGAAAAGACCUCAGGCCUUACCCAUCUACAUGUUAUCUUGAGUAUAGAGGUCAUGAGGGUGCAGUUUUGUCAAUAUCUGUGGAACCUUCAGGGCAAUGGAUUGCUUCCGGUUCUAAGGAUGGAACUGUGCGGAUUUGGGAGGUAGAGACUGGUAGAUGUCUUAGAGUUUGGGAGAUUGGUGAAGCCGUUCAGCUUGUUGCAUGGAAUCCUUUGCCAGAGCUUCCUGUUCUUGCAGCUUCAGUGGGAGCUGAUGUACUUAUUUUGAACACUGGAUUUGGGAAUGAGGAGGAACAGAAAAGAAUUAAGGAACUUCUGCAUAUUGGAACACCUACCACUGAUGAUUCUGAUGAUAUGUCAUCUUUCUUAAGCUGGAUUCAAGAUGAAAAGUAUGACUGCAUCAGACUAAGGCAUUAUAGGACUGUAUCUUCAAUAGAAUGGCAUCGUAAAGGAGACUAUCUUUCUACAGUGAUGCCAGCAGGAGAAUCAAGAGCAAUUCUCAUACAUCAGCUCUCUAAAAGGCUUACUCAGCGACUCCCUUUUAAGCUCCAUGGCCUCCCAGUAUCAUCAGUUUUUCAUCCUACUCGUUCUAUCUUUUUUGUUGCAACAAAGAAGAAUGUUCGUGUGUAUGACUUGUUGAAGCAAAAGCUAAUAAAAAAGCUUGAGACUCAACUGCGUGAAGUUUCAUCAAUUGCUGUUCAUCCUGCUGGUGAUAAUUUAAUUGUGGGGAGCAAAGAGGGAAAAUUGUGUUGGUUUGAUAUGGAUCUGUCAUCAAAACCUUACAAAACUCUCAAGUGUCAUCCUAAAGACAUUACCAAAGUGGCAUUCCAUCGCUCAUACCCGCUGUUUGCAUCAUGCUCGGAUGAUUGCACAGCCUACAUCUUUCAUGGCAUGGUUUAUGCAGAUCUUAACCAGAAUCCACUAAUUGUACCAUUGGAAAUUCUGAGAGGGCAUACUAGUUAUGAUGGAAGAGGAGUAAUGGACUGUAAGUUCCAUCCAAGGCAGCCCUGGUUAUUCACUGCUGGUGCUGAUUCAUCAAUCAAGCUCUAUUGCCACUAGGAUUACAUUUAAACUGCAAUGCAAAUCAAUGUGAAAAAGAAAGUUGAGUACACAUCAGUUAAUUAGAGAAGACCCCAUCUCAUUACAAUACCUAUGGUAAGAUCUUAAUUUUGUUAUAAUUAGCUUUGUCUUCCGUUUGAUGCAAUUUUGAUUGAUGAGUGCUGGGCCGCGCAAGCGUCAUGUAGAUUUAAGUAUGAUAAAUGUUGACGAUCUCAUUUAUAUUGUGACGUGGGAUUUGACUUUGUAGUAUUUACUCUUUCCAUUUCAAUCUCAUUUAUUUAAUGACCAAAAAUAUCAAUUUGGUUAUUGUUUCGA